AUGGAUGCAAAUCAGUCGUAUCCUGUCACGAUUUACAGGCAGACGUGUGCAUUGCUGCUCAAGAACUUCAUCCUAGCCAAACGGAAUUACACUUCAACGUUCCUCAGAAUCUUUGCUUCGUUUUUCUUCGUGCUGCUCAUCUUCUUAUGCAAUGAAGGGUUGUUGGCACGGUUCGGCUCUGAGACAUACGUGAAGGAUAUUCCGCACCCGACAAGACAGACAGUUAGCAAAAUUCCAUCAUGCGUUCCAAAGGCUUCUGAGAAAGGAUGCGUUACCUUUGGGUACUCCCCCGCUCCCAAAGACAACUACUUCCCGGAUAAGGACUAUUCCAGCCUGCAGGACUUCAUUUCGGGAGUUUCUUGGAGGUACAUGCGAGUCAUUACAUCGUUCCUGACCUCUCGACUGCAGCGGUGGGACGUGCACUGCGACACUCUGAUCAAGAACGGGAUCGAUUACUCGACUUCCAACGGCACCAACAUCGUUCCGCUUGUCCAAGAGAACGGGACAGCUGCUGAUCAGAUCAGGGGCACAUGGACCCGUCCAUUCCUCAAUUUCGCCGUGCCCAUGCAAGUGCAGGCGCAGAAGGAGAUCGCACGUCAAGUUUUUCUCAAGGACCCAAACUUCAAGAUCGACGUUGCUAUCGAGGAGUUUGCGCAUCCAGCCUUCCAGGUCUCCUCGUUUGUAGGGCAGAUAGCACCCUUGUUCCUGCUGGGGUGUGCCAUGUUCCCCUUUGUGAUACAGAUGAACGAGAUCGUGCUUGAGAAAGAGCAGAAGCUGCGACAGGUCCUGUCCUCUAUGGGUCUCACUGAAGUCGCCUACUGGCUUUCUUGGCAUAUCUAUCAGUCAAGUAUGGCGUUCAUUUACUCGCUGCUGCUGACCUUGUUCGGGCUGAUGUUUCAAUUCGACAUCUUCAAGAAGAAUGAUUUCGGUGUACUUUUCCUCACCUUUUGGCUGUUUGAGCAAUCCAUGAUUGGACUGGCAUUCAUGCUUGGAGCCUUUCUUCGUAGGGCCGAGCAAGCAGUGACUGUUGGCUUUGCUCUGUUCUUGAUAGCUUUCAUCUUCUUCUUCGUUAUCACCUUCGGAUUCCCCUACGGCGCAGCCGCGGAGCCCUUGUUCUCCUUGCUCCCUCCCAACCUGCUCAGCAAGAACAUUGCCGACCUCGGGGCCCUCACGGCAACGGACAAGAACAACGGGAUCCGGUUCAGCGAGGCCUACUCCUACUGCACCAUUAACCCAGACCUCUGCAACCCUCCCUACUCCGUCGGCAACUCUUGGAGCUGGUACAUCGGCAUGUACUUCGUCUACUCGCUCAUCGGCCUCUACCUCGAGAACGUUCUCCCUGACGCCAUGGGCGUCAAGAAAGCGCCCUGGUACCUCUUCACCCCAGCCUACUGGGGUCUAUCAACCGCUCACAUCACAGACGAUCCGGAUGCGGUGAUCGAGGCGAGCAAGGACGAGGACGUGCUGUCGGAAGAGUCUACAGCCAAGACCAGAGCCAACCAGGACAUGGACGGAGCAAACGCCAUCGAGAUCCGAGGCCUCACACAGACCUUCAAGCGAGGAGGAAAGCCGUUCCAUGCCGUCAAAGCCCCCUGGUACGUUGUGAAGAAGAACCAGCUCUUCGCCCUGCUGGGGCCCAACGGAGCUGGGAAGACUACGACUAUCAACAUGCUCACUGGCUUCCUCCCCCCGACGGCUGGAAACGCCCUGGUGUUUGGAAACACAGUCGCCCAUCCCAGCGGCAUGAACCGAGUCAAGCGCGUCAUCGGCGUCUGCCCGCAGUUUGACAUCUUGUGGGAGAGGCUGACGGCUCGGGAGCACCUCGCCAUCUUCGCGAUCAUCAAGGGGAUCAAGCCGGACUCCGUGUACCACGAGGCCGACAAGCGGAUCGAGGAGGUUCGGCUCAACGACGCCGCCAAUCAGAUCGCCGGGUCGUUCUCAGGAGGGAUGAAGCGACGCCUGUCCGUCGCCGUCUCCCUCAUCGGCAACCCCAGCGUCGUCUACCUGGACGAGCCGACGACCGGCAUGGACCCCAUCAACCGACGUCACGUCUGGGACGUGAUCGAGGCGGCCAAGCAGGACAGGUGCGUCGUCCUCACCACGCACAGCAUGGAGGAGGCGGACAUCCUCGGCGAUCGCAUCGGCAUCAUGGCCAAGGGUCGACUGAGGUGCAUCGGGAGCAGCGUGCGACUCAAGUCUCGCUUCGGAGGAGGGUACCGGAUCAGCGUCAGCUGCGGGGACAAGAUGACGCCGAACUCUCCACAGAGCCUGAGGGUGAAGGAGAUGUUCAGAGAGUCGCUACGGGUAGAAGUGUCGGAGGAGUCCAAAACUUACCUGCACUUCAACGUCCCGACGGCAGACAGCUCGGCCUUGCAGAGCUUCUUCGAGCUGCUGGAGGGCAAGAAGCAGGAGCUGUCGAUCGUGGACGUGCAGCUGAGCAUGUCUACCCUCGAGGACGUGUUCCUGAACAUCGCGAAGCAGAGCGAGAAAGAGGAGGCAAUGUUGCUGAACAAGACCGUGAACGUGACUCUGAGGAAUGGAGAGGUAGUUGGAGUCUUGCUAGGAAACGAGGAGGAGCUGGUGUCUCCCAAUGGCGUCAAGUUCACUGUGAAGUGGGGGGCAGACGAGAACGGGAACCUGAUCGUGGUAGACACGAAGGAGUCAAACGUGACGCAGAAGUCGAUCGUGGUGACUGUGCCGGAAGGGGUUGGGGCUGGCGAGCUGGUGCAGGUGGAGGUGGAGGGGCAGACGUUCAACGUCACUGUGCCUGAGAACGCUCCUCCUGGCACGACCUUCAACGCUACUGCCUACGUGGAGCCCAAGAAUACCAACGCGUCGCUAUUCUCAGACAGCACCAUGAUCAAGAUAUCGGAGGAAGAGGUGCAGGAGCGGGUCACGAAGCUUCACACCUCCUUCGGUCAGCAGGCCGGCGCCUCCUUCUCCAAGAACCUCUCCCUGCAGUCGAGGAAGUGGCUGACCAACUGCUGCCUUGUCCUCAUCCCAAUCUUCUUCAUCAUCAUCAUUCUCAUGCUGCAGUUCUUGCUCGAGAUCCUCUUCCUCGGCCAGCCAACGGUCAGGUGCCCCUACUGUGGCCCUGCUAACGACACCUUCGCCAAGUCAUACUGUGGGUGCCUUGGUUGA